AUCUUGGCCGAAAGCGAGGCGGUCGUAUUCGUAUCCGUGAUACGAUCGCUACAAGACCGCUUGUAGGGCUGUGAUAUCGCUUAGUCUGCUGUCGGCGCCUCAACUGCCAAGUAUUCGCUGGGUACUCGUGGAGCUGGAGAUCUCGAGAUCAGCCGCCUCGUGUUCUGUGUGUUCUGAUCGACAACGCCGCGUAUGCGUAAUAUUGCCUCGAAGGAUAACAGAAAGUGCUUUUAGUGUCUGUUCUUCGCUGGAUCCGUUUGCUUGUGUAUUCGUUUGUGCCGUGUGCUGUGUCGUGCCGCAAAUAAAUCACAGACAUCCAUUCAAUAUUACUUGGCUUGCUCCGCAAAUUUAUUCAACAGAAAGCUGCCAAUAUGUCGGUCAGACUGAACGAGACGACGACCAUUGUUGACCGGAUGGUCAACUUCUUCGUGGAGCACGAGGAUCUGCGCACCAAGCAAUGGUUCCUGUCGAAUGCCCCCGGACCGCUGUUCAUGAUCCUUGGAGCCUACCUGUACUUCUGCCUGUACGCAGGACCUCGUUACAUGCGGGAUCGCAAGCCCUUCGAGCUGAAGAACACUCUCCUGAUCUACAAUGCGGUCCAGGUGCUCCUCAGCUGGGUGCUCUUCUACGAGGGAUACAAGGGCGGCUGGGGUGGCCACUACAACUUCAAGUGCCAGCCGGUGACCUACGAAUCGGAUCCGAUUUCCAUGAGGAUGGCUCGCGCCGUGUGGCUGUACUACAUUGCCAAGAUCACUGAGCUGCUGGACACCGUGUUCUUUGUGCUGCGCAAGAAGCAGCGCCAGAUCUCGUUCCUCCACUUGUACCACCACACCCUGAUGCCCGUGUGUGCCUUCAUUGGUGUCAAGUACUUUGCCGGUGGCCACGGAACCCUGCUGGGAUUCAUCAACUCCUUCAUCCACAUCAUUAUGUACGCCUACUACCUGCUCUCCGCGAUGGGACCCAAGGUGCAGAAGUAUCUGUGGUGGAAGAAGUACAUCACCAUCCUGCAGAUUGUCCAAUUCCUGAUCAUCUUCGUGCACACGCUGCAGAUCCAGUUCCAGCCCAACUGCAACUUCCCCAAGUCCAUUGCCGCUCUUCUGACCUUCAAUGCUGGACUCUUCACCUACAUGUUCAGCGCCUUCUAUGUGGCCAACUACAAGAAGGAGGCGGCUGCCCAGGCCAAGCUGGCGGCGAAAAAGGAGUAGGAAGCGACGUUAGUUGGCGCUACCUUAAGCUAUGCACACUUAUUUUUAUGGUCCUUCCUUAUCCCUGCGUCCCCAAAUCCAAAAUCCAAAAUCCAAAAUCCCAAAUCCCAGCCCAGAUUCCCGCGCUCCCCUCCCAAGCCACCCCCAUAUCCUACCCCUAGGUAUACAUAGGUCAAGAUGGAUAUUAUACAAUCUGUAGUCGCGUAAGCUUGUUACGUAGUAUUUUGUUAGUUCGAGGAAAGCGGCCCCCUUUGUACUUGUUUGGAUCAGUCGCCAUUGCAGAGGGCCAGAGAUCGUAGCACCUUCUGUAUUGGGAUAGUGUAAUAGUACCAAAUAUUAUAGUUUAGUGAUUAGACUUUAUCCUAUGGACUGUGAAAGUCGAAGACAUGUUAGGGCAGGCGAAUGGCGAGCAAGAAUCGGUGAACUUUGAACUUUUGCCUGUCGACACCACAGCGCAGAACUGUCCCCAGCUCUAUGAUGAAAUGUAAUUUUGUAUAUUUUAUUU